UUUUAAAAUAAUUUGCUGGGUGGGUGCGUUUGCCCACCUUCUUCGCAUUGACAUUAUUUUGAUUUCAUACAAAACAAUUUUUAUUUUUGGUGCGGAAAUGAAUACAAAAAUAUUGAAAAACCAAAUUUCAGUGAUUAAUGUUUAAUAAAUUUAUUGUAAACCAAAAAAAAAAACAGAGUUUAGUUACGCCAGCUUUUACAAACGCUGGUGAAAAACAGGCAAAGCAAGUGUUGUGAAGUGCAGACAAAACGGUGGAAACCUAAAGUAAUUGUUGUGUGAAGGUCUGCGUCGGUUUGCAGUUUGCAAGUAAAAUAAACAAAUUUUAAACUAUUUUGCAAGAAGUGGCAUAUCAAUUUUUAUAAAACUGUAUCAUCGCUGCUGAUUGUACCUGACUCCCUCAGGUGUUCCAACUCUUACGUGGCGUUUGCAGCGGCUCAGCUGGUGUUGUUUGCUUAACCGGCUUUGCAUGGCAACGAUAUUCUGAGAAGGACGAGAAAACUCUGGACAUUAUUGGACAAUAUAAACCUGAGAUAUUCUGCUAAAUACAAAUAGGACCAAACAAACAAACAAAAAAGCGCUCAGUUGUUUAUUUUGAGUUUCAACAUACACACACACACAUUGCAAAAGUGCACACAUUAACGAACAAAAAUAAUACCGUUAACACAAAAACGUCAAAUAAAAAGGAAGCACUAAUUGACAAGAAAUUAAAUACAAAAAAAAAAACAAAGAAAAAACUCGAAACUUCCCACAACACGAACAAAAUAAUUAACAAAUCAAAACAAUUGUACAACAAACACAAAGAAAACGAACAAAAACAAAAGUGUAAGAAUUUUUAAGAAAAAAAAAUUGCUAAAGGAAGCUGAAGCAAUUAAGCGGCGAAAUUCUCUGCACUCAAAUGAAAGUAUCUCAUACACACACACACACGCGCAGCAGCUUAGAAGCAUAAAUUGUACAACACGCAAUUGAACAAAUCAGAUCUUAAGCCUAGAAAAGCAACAAAAACAAAUAUUAAUAUUAUAUAAUUGAAUGAAGCGUUAAUUAAGUAGCAAUUAAGCGUAAAUUUACUUGAUUAAUUUGUUUUUGUAAUUUUUGUACUUUGCAAAACUUUGUUGUUUUUGUGUCUGUGCGCCGCGUUGCUAAGCUUUCUUUUUGAAGCUACGCAUACAUACACACACAUAUAUACAGUUAAAUUAAAUUAAUUAAACUAAAUUAGCAAUUAAGUGUGCAACAUUUCGUGCUCGAGUUGGUACUAUAAUUUUCUAUAGAACAUACUCACAUACAUUUUAAGCAAAACAAAAGAAUAUUAAACUCGUAAGCUUACACACACACAGUAGUAAUAACAACAACAACAAGUUAAUAUAUCAACACCAACACAACACACGCACCUGUUAGGCACGUGAGCGCAUGCGCAACAAUACCGCAAGGCAUAAAGUGUUUCAACAGAGUCCACACUCACACAAACAAUAGAAACGCUUAAAGAAAGACGCACGCACGCGCUGUAGCGCCCCAAUUGCGUUCUACAGAUGGCGCACGUUGUCGGCGUACCCAAACGAGAUCCGUGCCAAAAAUGUCAAUUGCCUGUGUUCCUCGCCGAACGCCUAUUGGUCGGCAAGAAAGUCUAUCAUCGCACGUGUUUGAAAUGUGCGCGCUGCGGCUCACAACUGACACCAGGCAGCUUCUAUGAGACCGAGGUGGAUGGUGAAUACUGUUGUGAGACAUGCCCGGACGAGGAGGUGCAAUUGAAUGCCACCGGCGCUAGCGGUGAGGAUCUAGCCGUCGGUGGUGUGCAAUUGCGGCAGACAAGUGCAGGGCAAACACCAACGAGCAGCAGUCUCAGUGCAGCGUUGCCGAAGAACGUGCGCAGCUCCAUAGCCGACCGUUUGGCAUUCUUCGAGCAAACGAAGAAGGAUGCUAGCGCCGGUGCCAGUGGUAGCAGUGAAGCAGCAACGAGCAGUAAAUUUUUGCUACAGAAAAGCGUGUCGGACGAAGAGAAAAGCAAGAGUCUGCAACGCAUGGAAGCGCCAACAACAUCGACGUACAAAAUGAACAGCGCGCUUAGUAGCUUUCUCAAUGACACCAUCGAUGGUGAGGGCGAUGACGGCGAGAGUCUAACCCAUACGGCGGAGAGUAAAUCGGGCAACGAGACACAAAUGGAGACUUCCGAUACCGAAAAUGAUACGGACGCCGAGACAAGUUUGGAAGACGUAGCGCCAGCAUUGCCCAAGACACAGCCGCCAAAGGUCACACCAGCGGGUAGUGAUACUGAGAAAGAGAAAGCACAGCAAACCAGCGAAGAUAAUAGAAGAUUCACAGCUACUGCACAACUACAACUGGCAACAACAAGCAAGGAUGCGCAGAAGACAGCAAGCGUUGAGUCUUCUAAACAGACAGCAACACCAAGUGGCAGCAGCACUGGCACACCCAUCGCGAAGAAGAGAACACAUGUGGAGCUGAAUUUGACUACAACAAAAACAGUGGAAGACACAACCGCAGCCCCUUCUCCAGCACACGCCGAGCAACAAGCGGAUAAUGCCAACAACAAUGACCAACACAAGAACCUUUUGAAGCGCAACGCUACAGAUACGCCAGAACAAACAGCGCAAACAAGCCUAACAGCAACAAAUAACUUAGAUUUAAGUGAACCUAAUUCUAAUGAAGAUGUUACCAAAGACCAAAAUGCAGAUACAAACGUAAUUGCGGCAACAACAGCAGCAAAAACCACUACAUCCUCUGCUGAGAAGCUCGAAACACUGCGUGCCAACCUCCGGGAAUUGGACACGGAGAGCGGCACAGAGAAUAUGGAUACGUCCGUGGAGAAGCCUGUUGAAAUGCGCAUAAAGUCACUGGAGUCGCCGGAGGAUGUGGCAACCACCGAACGGCUCAGUGUGGUGCGUGCGCGUCUGCAACAAUUCGAAGUAAUUGCAAACAAACGUAAUAAUAACGCUAAUGAAGAGAAGCAAGCCGAUAAUGAUACGCGUAAUGAUAAUAAUACAACACUAAACACUGAAGAUAAGCUAAGUGAACCUGAAACCGAUAAUACUAAUAUUGAUAGCGAUAAGAAAUUAAUGAAUGCGGGCCCAGAGGUGGCCAACAAAACGGUUGCGCCUGUUAUCACGCCACCAGCCACGCCCACAAGCAACGCAAUAAGUGCAAAUGAAAGUUUGACUAAAGUAAAUCUCGAAGACGAAGCGAAAUUACGAGCAAUGGAAACGGAGAAGGCUGACAAAAUCGAAACUAAAGCAAAAGAAAUCAAGGAAUCGCUUGCGAAUGAAGUGCCCUUAGAAACGGAGACAGUAAAAGACAAUAAUUUAGUAUUAGACGCCGAGGAGUUGGAACAAAAAACACCAGCAGCAGCACCGCGUAUAGAAAUAAGCGUAGUAGAGACCAGUGAAGAUGCCACAAUGGAGGAUACAGCAUCAAAACUGGAUAUGUCAAGCACGGUUGACGUCCCCAAAGCAGUGGAGGACGCGUCCAGUAAAGUCAACGACACUACAACAACAAUAGAAAAGCAAUUGGCAACUACACCCAGCAAAGUUAGCACCGAAGCAUAUCCCGAAGACUUGAAUCCAUUCAAAUCCGAAGACGAAGACGACGACGACAACUGCGUUGCGAACAAGGAAAAUCUACAAAAAGAACAAGUAACAUUGAGAACACCGCAACCACGUGGCGGUGCCAGCGCAGUCACCAAAUCAGCGGAGAAAGCGCAAAAUCUCAAUCCUUUUGAUAGCUCCGAUGACGAGAUCGAACUGGAGAAGUCAUCAUCGCGCAACUCCACGGCCGCCUCGACACCCACAGGCGGCAAAGUACCGCCACCACGUCCACCACCACCGCGCAUAUCGCGCAAUCCGUUCGGCGAAGAGGCUGAUGAGGAGGCCGCGGCGCAAUUUUCACGUCGUUCCAGCUUGUCGUCAUCGCUGACGAAGAAGACGCCAGUACCCACGCCGCGCACCAAUAUAUCACAAUCACAAAAUCCCACACCGGAACCCACGCCACGCCUCAGCAACAAAUCCGCACAGUCCAUCUCACCGUACAUUCUGCAAAAUUCCAGCGAUUACUAUGGCAGCGCCAAUUCGCUCGGCAGCACACCGCAGAGCCUGCAACGCAACACGGAUGUGCGCGGCUCCAAUAACUCACUAACUUCGUCCGCGGGUGGCACAAUACGUUCGCGUAAAUCACGUAAAGCGCCCGCGCCGCCCACGCCGCUCGCCAAGGAAUUAUUCCCAACAGCCACACCACCACCACCAUCGCCCUUGGUUACGAGCGUCAGCGCCAACACCACCAGCGAUCGUCAGACCGACAGCUCCAAAACAUCCACACCCAGUUCCAGCACUGUCGGCACACCGAAGUUGGGUCGUAAGAAACGACCCGCGCCAGCUCCACCAAAGCCCGCGCGUCUCGAUCCCAGUUUACUACCCACAGAUCCGCCAGCAGCAGCAGCAACACAGCACACAAAUGGUACGGCGCCAAAAAACUCGUUUAAUUACCCUCUGCAAAGUGAAACAUCCGACUCGAAGCUAUCCGACGAAGAGAAAGCUUUGUUGGAGGGUAACAAACAGUUGUCCAUGGACAGCAUGCGGUCGACGAUAAGCGCCGACGAUGAGUUAUGCACGAGCCACGAAAGUCGGCGCAGCUCACGUCGUCUCAUACCGCUCGAUGCGAGCCUCUUGCUGGAUGAUGAUGACGAACACUUGAAUGCGGACGCCAACGCGGAUGCCGACGGCAGCGGCAAGUGUGAUGAUGCGAAACAGAAGCAACAGCUAUUGCGUUAUAGCGAGCAAGAGGAGACAAAUGUCGUGUAUCGACGUGUGAUUGUGCCGCCCAGCCUGGAGACGCCGACACGCGAGACGAAUCCACUGCUCGACAGCGGCUCGCACGAUCGUCAAUUGGAGAAAAUGAAAGAUAACAAAGAGGCGCAGAAUCGCAAUCGGCAAUCACAAAUAUCCGCUUCAUCCGGCGCCGAGGACUGCGACAUCACUUCGACGCCCUACAACAAAUCAGCGCAUGGCAAAUGGAAGCGUCGCAAAGGUCCAGCCCCGGCGCUGCCCAUACCGCCGCGUAAGGUGUUGCAAAUGUUGCCGCUGCAAGAGAUACGUCACGAAUUGGACAUCAUUGAAGUGCAGCAACAGGGGCUCGAGAAGCAAGGCGUUAUUUUGGAGAAAAUGAUACGCGAUCGCUGUGAGGGUCAAAAUGGUGAGCUCUUGGGCGCCAGCGCCGCAGUGGAGGAUGCAACCGACGGCAAGAAGCCGAGCACAAGUGGCGGCGCGGAAGGUGUGCAGAACUCGAAGGAGGUCGAGGAUCUCAUAUUGCAGUUGUUCGAGCUGGUCAACGAGAAGAACGAACUGUUUCGUCGACAAGCCGAACUCAUGUACCUACGCCGCCAGCAUCGCUUGGAACAGGAGCAAGCCGAUUUGGAGUAUGAAAUUCGCGUGCUGAUGGCGCAACCGGAACGCAAUAAAACCGACUCGGAUAAAGCGCGUGAAGAAACGCUCAUAGCACGCUUAGUAGAGGUGGUACAGUUGCGCAAUGAGGUCGUAGAAUGUCUGGAAAUGGAUCGAUUGCGCGAAGCGGAGGAAGAUUUGAGCAUUAAACAACGCUUAGAACUGCAUACCGCGCAGCGUGAAGAAGACACCGACUCGCGGAAAAUCACAGCAAAACUUUCCAAAAAGGAAAAGAAGAAGCAGAAGGAAUCGAAAAAGCUGAGCAAAAGCAAGAAAAUCGAUGCGGACAAGGACGCUGAUGAAUCCGAACUAAAUAUGGAUAAGCAGAAAUUGAAGAAGAAGAAGAAGAAAUUUCUCUUUUAAGCCCUGACUGAGACGAGUUUUCGGCCGUUGAAUUAAGCGUACGACUGGCAGCCGCCUUGUGAUAAUACUAUGACAAAAUUAUUUUCGAAAAAACUGAUUUACUUGCGCUAAAAUCCUAGUUUAAAAAAACUUUAAAGCACUCAACAAGCAGCGUGUCUAAAAAAUGCGACUAGAGAAAUGUCUUCACGCUCGCGCAGCCAAGAAAUGAAUUCCAUGCUCGUAAUUUUUAUUUAACUUUUUAAUUUUUUUUUUCAAACAUUCAUUGGCUUUAAUUAAAUUAUAAAUGAGAUGAUGAAUUAUUUUCAAAUUUUAUUUUUGUAUUCAUUCCUAAACCGAAAUCUCAGCAUUUGCACUUUUAAAGGCCUGUCUUCAAUUAUUAUUAUUAUUUUUUAACACAAAGAAAUGAAAAAUGGAUUACUAAGCAAAACUAUUUUUAAUAUUUACACACAUACAUAUAUACACACACAGUGUUACUUGCGUAAUGUUAAUUAAAUCUAAGCUUACCUAUACAUAUACAUAUAUAUAUAUUAAACAAAUAUUUUGCAUGUAUUAUACUGUUAAAUUAAACUAAACAUAAAAACAUACAAACACACACUUACUUGCAUUUUCUUUUCUACACUUAUUUGUUAGUUUUAUUGUUGUUGUUUUACUUUUAUCAAAAGGUCACAUCACUAAAAUGUAAAAUAAAUCAUAAAAUUUAAGGAGUUGGCAAAUAGUUGGUGAGUCAACAAGUUUUGUAACCUCUGUGUAUAUGUAUGUGCACAUACACACAUACUUAUGCACAUUCAUGGAAAGAAGUGUCAAUUACAGUUAGCGUCAAUGCACAUGUGUGCCGCCCGUUAAUCGGUUUUACCAUGCAAUGUUACUUCACAUAAAGCACUUACAAACAUUUUGAUUCACAUAUUCAUACAUAGGUUUAUGUAUAUCUACCAUACAUACAUACAUACACUCAAAUGAGCAUACGCCAAUCAAUUUAUAAAGAAUAUAUUUUAUGUUACCAAAAUAAA